AUCACAUUCUUCAUUUCUCAGAGUUUCUCAAAACACAGAGAAUUCUCAGCUAGAUUCAAUUCGAAGCUUUCUCUCUCGCAACAAUGGAAGCAACCAAGACUAAGAAAGUAGGAGCUGGAGGAAGAAAAGGUGGUGAAUCAAGGAAGAAGGCGGUUACCAGAUCCACCAGAGCUGGUCUUCAAUUCCCCGUCGGAAGAAUCGGCCGUUACUUGAAGAAAGGUCGUUAUGCUAAGCGUAUCGGUACCGGUGCUCCGGUUUACCUCGCCGCCGUUCUUGAAUAUCUUGCUGCUGAGGUUCUUGAAUUGGCUGGAAAUGCUGCACGUGACAACAAGAAGAAUCGGAUUAUCCCUAGGCAUGUGUUGUUGGCUGUGAGGAACGAUGAUGAGCUUGGAAAAUUGCUUGCUGGUGUCACUAUUGCUCAUGGUGGUGUUCUUCCUAAUAUUAAUCCAAUUCUUUUGCCUAAGAAGAAUGAGAAAGCUGCUGCUAAGGAGCCGAAAUCUCCAUCGAAGGCUGGAAAAUCACCGAAGAAUGCUUAGAUUUUAGUUUCUUGUUGGUUUUGUUGAUAUAUAAUAUCACAGUUUAGGCACAUGUAAUGUAGCUUAAAUAUGUUCAUGUGUUUGAAGUAUUUUACUAUUUAGGAUUUGGAUCACAGUGAAUCUUAUGUAAAAGUUUGAUUCAUUAAUGGAAAAUAUCUUGAUCUUGGUUUUAA